UGAUUGUAAAUGCUCGGAUUAACCAAAUUUAAUAUCAGAUGUUCUGAUUCACUUGGAAGUUUAGAAUGAAAGAUUUGUUUUCUUCUUGUUGGACAUUGCUGCUGCUGCUGCAUGGAAGAAGAAGUGCCUAAAUCUGCGGUAUUUCAUUCUCUUUUUCUUGGUUUUGCGUUCGAGUGAGUUCGUCUCUUUCUUCGACCACACCGCUUUUCUGUGAUUGUGCGCCGAUUUUCUCAUUUUCGCCUAUUUCUGUUAAUCUAAAGAUUGGUACUCGACAUGAUGCAACUCUGAUUAGUAUUCCGUUUCCGAUUCGUCUGAAUUGAGGGGUUUUUUCCGUAACAUUUCAGAUUAGGAGUUCAUGUAGGGUUUUUUUGAUUAAUUACAAAAAGGCGUUUACUAAUUGCUACUUUGAUUAUUGGUAUUUGGAGUUUGAUUUGUGAGAUUAGUAAGAUAGUGAGGCGAUCCGUGUAUGGGGACUCAAACAAUGGGAUCGAACGGUGGAACACAAAAACCUGUGUUCGAUGGAUUGUCAAGGCAAGGAUCUCUGUAUAACCUAACUUUAGACGAGGUUCAGCAGCAAUUAGGCGAUUUAGGGAAACCUUUCAGUAGUAUGAACCUUGAUGAGUUUCUGAAGAAUGUUUGGAGUGCUGAAGCUAAUCAAGGAAUCAACAAUGGCUCCUCCCCUGAUUACUCCGAACUCACCCAACUUGCUUCUGCUUCAUCUUUGCCUAGACAAUUGAGCCUUACAUUUACCAAGGAUUUAACCAAGAAGACAGUCGAUGAGGUCUGGCAAGAUAUCCAACAAGAUCAGAAGAAAAAGACGACGAAUGGUAGUGAUAGCAACAUUAACAAUACUAGUAGUUGUAAGAGACAAGCUACUCUUGGUGAGAUGACACUCGAGGACUUUUUAGUCAAGGCAGGGAUCGUGUCUGAAUCUUCUUCUCCUGGUAAGAAAACCCAUGAGCAGAACCUUGAUCCACCAGAAGCACAGUGGAUGAACUACCAAAUUGCUCAGAUUCCACAGCAACAUGUUGUUAUGUCAGGCCAUUAUCAAGUACCACAACCCCUCCCUCUGAAUGUAAUAGACACUGGUUAUCUGGAGACACGUAUGACAAUGUCUCCCACCCCUUUGAUGGGGAGUGUAUCUGAGUUUGGAAGGAAACGAGUUGCUUCUGGAGAUGUGAUAGAGAAGACUGUGGAAAGGAGGCAAAAGAGAAUGAUUAAGAAUAGGGAAUCUGCUGCACGUUCUCGAGCAAGAAAACAGGCUUACACACAUGAGCUGGAGAACAAAAUCUCACGUUUGGAAGAGGAAAAUGAAAGACUCAGGAGGCAGAAGGAGGUGGAGAAGGUUUUGCCAUGUGUACCACCUCCCCAACAACCCAAGUAUCAACUCCGAAGAACAACCUCAGCUCCUCUCUAACAAUUAAUCAUCUUCCUUUUCCUUUAUCUGAAGACAUGUUGGUGGGGUCAUGUAGGGGUAGCCUUUACCUUUUUCUUUUUUAAAUUUGUUGCUUAGGUCUUGUGUACAUUAAAUGUUUGUUCUUACUUCUUAGUUUUGUUGAUGCAUC